ACUUUCUUGUUGAUCAAACAGCAUGUUUCGUUUGUUUUGACGAAACAAAGAUCGAGGGCUUACGUAUUUGCGCUAUAAAAGAAGUUGAUUAGCUAUACAUAGAACCUAUGUUUCUUAAACAGUAAUCUAUACAAAGAGCGUACUAAGAAGUGAUUAACUAAUCGAAAGUUGAUUACGCAAUAAUGCCUAUGUCGAAGUCACCUUCAAGUUCUAAACCUACUCGCUGGACAAAGAUUGGUAACAAGCUUCGUAGCAUGUUCUCGAUGUACCACCGUCCCGUACCCCAACCUGCUCCCCGGUUGGGUCCUACCUCGGCUCCGCCGGAGGAACUUCUGAUCAACGUCUUGGAGCCGGAGGGGGCGAUCAAUUGCAUCAGAAGCCGUUCGGCUCGGCUCCAUGAAACUAGGUUGACGACGUCUUGGCGGUCAUCUUCGGCCUGUAAUAGGAUACACCACCGUCCCGUACCCCAACCUGCUCCCCGGUUGGGUCCUACCUCGGCUCCGCCGGAGGAACUUCUGAUCAAAGUCUUGGAGCCGGAGGGGGCGAUCAAUUGCAUCAGAAGCCGUUCGGCUCGGCGCCGUGAAACUAGGUUGACGACGCGGUCAUCUUCGGCCUGUGAUAGGAUACACCACCGUCCCGUACCCCAACCUGCUCCCCGGUUGAGUCCUACCUCGGCUACGCCGGAGGAAUUUCUGAUCAACGUCUUGGAGCCGGAGGGGGAGGUCAACUGCAUCAGAAGCCGUUCGGCUCGGCUCCGUGAAACUAGGUUGACGACGUCUUGGCGGUCAUCUUCGGCCUGUAAUAGGAUACACCCAGUCAAACAUGGUAAAUGUUUCUCUAUGGACGAAAUUCCCAUAUUCGAACCUCAUUGUCCGGUUCCCAGCUUGGGUCUGCCGGUAUCGGAGUCACUCCUGAUCAACUUCUCUGAUUUAGAGCAGUUGCAAAGACUGAUGGAAAGGGGAGCCUGCGGCGCCACGGUCUACAAAGUCAUUCACAAGCCGAGCGGCCGGCUUUACGCCUUGAAAGUAAUCUGCUCCGACCACGAGGACUCUGUCUUGUGUCAGAUCUUCGAAGAGGUCCAAGUUCUCCGCGAAGUUGAUAACCCUAACGUCGUCAAGUGCCACAACAUGUUCAAUCACAACGGCGAGAUACAUGUGCUGCUAGAAUUCAUGAGCAGAGGUUCGUUAAAGGGCAAGCACAUCCACAACGAGAAAACUCUUUCCAAUUUGGCUAGGCAGAUCCUCACCGGCUUGGCCCAUCUCCACAGUAGGCGCGUCGCCCACCGCGAUAUCAAGCCCGCUAAUCUCUUGAUCAACACUCGAAAUGAAGUCAAAAUUGCUGAUUUCGUUGGAAGAGUUUUGGCCAAGACUAUGGACCCUUGGAACUCGUGUGUGGGAAACGUAGCAUACAUGUGCCCGGAGAGGAUCAACACAGAUCUCAAUCAGGGCAAGCUGUACAACGCUUACGCCGGCGAUAUUUGGAGCUUUGGGGUCAGCAUCUUGGAACUUUACGCAGGUCGGUACCCCUUUCCUGUGGAUCGCUACAAAGAAGGAUCCUGGUCGAGCUUAGUUUGGGCAAUAUGCAUGUGUCAGCCUCCGGAAGCUCCUCAGACUGCCUCCACAGAGUUGAAGCAUUUCAUUGCCUGCUGUUUGCAAAGAGACCCCCAGAAGAGAAUGUCGGCGGCACAGUUGCUGCAGCACCCAUUUAUCUCCGGCAAAGGAGGUGGACAGACACAGGUUCCUCAGUAAUACAUGAUUCGUUUUUAUUUUUUAUUUUUUUUGUUCUUGGAUGAUCAUGGAAGAACUUGCCAUAUGGCCCUUUUAUUUUUAGCUUAAUUUACUACUACUUAAUAGUGUUGUGAUCAAUCAGUAUCGCACCGAACUUAUAUCUAUUGUGAAUGCAUUCAUGGUUACGAGAAAUAGGAACUAUA